CCUGUGCAAACUGCCUGCGCCCUAGGCAGCCGGGUGCGCAAAGCAGAAGGAUUAGUUGGGACCUGCCUUGGUGACUCUAUGGCGUCCCCCAGAACCAUAACUAUCGUGGCCCUCUCUGUGGCCCUGGGACUCUUCUUUGUUUUCAUGGGGACUAUCAAGUUGACCCCCAGGCUCAGCAAGGAUGCUUACAGUGAGAUGAAACGUGCUUACAAGAGCUAUGUCCGAGCCCUCCCUCUGCUGAAGAAAAUGGGCAUCAAUUCCAUCCUUCUCCGAAAAAGUAUUGGUGCCCUUGAAGUAGCCUGUGGCAUCGUCAUGACCCUCGUGCCUGGGCGUCCCAAAGAUGUGGCCAACUUCUUCCUCCUCUUGCUGGUGCUGGCUGUGCUCUUCUUCCACCAGCUGGUUGGCGACCCUCUCAAACGCUAUGCCCAUGCCCUGGUGUUUGGUAUCCUGCUCACUUGCCGCCUGCUGAUUGCCCGCAAGCCUGAAGACCGGUCUUCUGAGAAGAAGCCCUUGCCAGGAAAUACCGAAGAGCAACCAUCCUUAUAUGAGAAGGCCCCACAGGGCAAAGUGAAGGUGUCUUAGGAACAUAGAAGUGCACAGUGGGGACAUUCCAGGCAGUUGCCUCCAUGAUAACAGAAAGAUGUCAGUGUGUAUUUUUCAUUUGAUUUAUUUCUCUUGGGGGAAAGGGAAAUUUAUCAUCUGCAAGUUAAUUGGCUUGUGUAUAUCUGUACUCUAAAAUGAACCCCUAUUGACAUUUGUGCGCCACCUUUAAUCACCCUGAGGCAACGUUCACAUCUUGCUGCAUGUACAUGUAUAUGGCUACUAUUGAAGUGUAUUUGUGAGAUGGAAUCCAGCAAGCAUGUGACUGUGAGAUUCUGUGUGGGAAAAUGUAUUUACUUACUGUAUGUGUGUGCACUCAGGUGCAUACGUGUGUGGAGAUGGUUUUGAUCUUGAACUAAUCCUACACAGGUAUCCUUCCUUCCCAUUACAAAUUGAUUCCAGCAAAGGCAGAAUCAAAUAAACCUCCUAUAAAAAGAAUCCUACAUUUCCUAUAAAAACAAGUGAUUUAUUCCCCUAUGAGAAGAUCCCUCUCUAAGCUGAAAACUUAAUCUUGUCACUUUAGAAGAAAAGAGUUAUUUUAAUUAAAACCAUAGAGUUAUAUUAUAAAACUGCUCUUUACAUUAAAGUUAAGUUUUAAAGACUCCAUAUUUAGUUUAAUCACCAAUACAUGUAGCCAAUAGUCUAAUUCUUCAACUUAUAAAAUAGAAAGUUUCACCUUGCCCUAAGCUCAUUGGCUAACAGUUUGAAAUUAAAAGUGUAAAUUUAUUACCAGACAUCUUCAGAUUUGCUUAAGGCCAAAGCUGCCUCCCUUCUCUUACAGCUGAGGGAUUGCUCCUUUUCUAAUCCCCAACACUGUUCUCUGGAACCAGAAAUUUAACAGAGGAGCUGUAUCCAGUGUUACCCUGCCAAACAGACUUGCUGCUCCUACUGAUUCUUUUACUGAAAUUUGAUAGUAUGUACACAGUCAAAACCAUCCUGGAGUUGUCUCCUCUAUACCUCUUUAUCAUUCUGUGGGAGCGUUUAGCUGGAGGAAGGACAGUUAACAUGGGUUUGUUGGAUUGAGCAGUAUGGAAAUUAGCUUUCUUCAUUACAUACUUCUGUUUCUCCUUGUUAAAUGUGCUUUGAUGG